AUGCCAUUUAGUCGUUUCCGGUCGAUGUUCAACAUGAUUAAAACCACGUUAGAAUGGCUGAGACCAUUCCAAAACCAAAGGCCAAGAGACAAGUCUUUGAAAGGUGCUGACAGAGAACGAUUUGAUAAUGUCUUGCAGCUGCCUCAGUUGCCUGAAAUGGUUUUUGCUGAAAAUCUCUUGCGUCUUCAACAUAAAAAUGGUUAUGGAAUUGAAUUCAAUGCUUUAGAUGCACUAAAAAGAGUUGAUUCCGAGAAUGAUCCUCUUCAGGUUGCAGUUUCUGAUGCCUGGAAAAACGCACGUGCCAAUUGUGAAUAUAUUAAACAAGUUUUGAAGCCUUUUGAUUGGACGUUUACUACAGACUACAAAGGAACUGUCUUUGCAAAAGAUGAACAGCAUACCAUAAAUAUAGUUCCAACAACCGAUCGGAUUGACUUGGAAAAACUGAAGAAACGCGAGAAAAUUUUAUUUUACCAGGAUAUUCUUCUCUUUGAGGAUGAACUUGCAGAUAAUGGCACUUCCAUGAUGAAUGUCAAAAUUCGUGUAAUGCCCUCGGGAUUAUUUAUUUUGCUGCGUUUUUUUAUGCGUGUUGAUAACGUAAUGAUUCGUGUCAAUGAUACCAGAGUAUAUCAUGAGGCUGGUACCAAUUAUAUUUUAAGAGAGUACUCCAGUAGAGAUGACAAAGUCUCUGAUAUAAAGGUCCCCACAUUCAUGUUUACUGACCCUAAUGAGAUCUGUAGCCACUUGACUAUAAGAACAGAAGCCUUUGAGAAAUUAAUCUUACCAUGUGAUGCCUCAGCAAACCUAUCAUCUUCACCCUCCAAAACUGCAACAGAAACUGCAUCUAAUUCCUGCCAUACAGAUGACCAAAGUGGACUCAGGUGA